AUGGAGGGAAUUCGCUAUGUGCGGAGUUUGAUCGACGAGUCUCGCGCCAAAGGCAAGUGGAACGACUUCUGGAGGUACUUUGUGAAGACUUGGAUGGAGCGGUACGACGCAACGACGUGGAACGUCCAGGAAAUGGUGCGGUACGAAGUUGAUAUCAUCAACCGAACCAAUAAUCCAUUGGAAAAGCCCCCGAUUGGUGUAGAGAUCGCCCCGCACGCAAGACACUACCGGCUCCCUUGA